AUGCUGCAGCACGUCAAGACGGGGACGGUGGUCGGGAAGAGAAAAGUCGGCGUUGACCACAGCCACGACGCGUUGGUUUCCGGCGACUCGCUCGCCGCGGCUGGCGACACUGUGCUGGAGCGAGUGCACCUCGGACUCGGCGCGCUUCUGCACCACCCGAAGCAUGGCGUGCAGGGAGGGACAGUGUGGGGCCGCAAGGAGGAGGAGGUGGAGCGGUGUCUGGAAGAGCUAGAGAAGGACGUGGAGCACAUGAGGGAUGCUCACGAGAAAGCACCGCCUGCCACCACUCUGAACCUCGCUACAGCACAUUGUUUGGAUGCUGCAAAGAUGAUCAGCAAGCUCUGA